CGGCCGGAGGAGGAGGAGGAGGAGGAGGAGGAGGAACCGUUGCUCCGUUAGCAUCCCGAGCUAGCGGACUAGUGUGGCAGCCAGCAGUACUGCGCACUGUAGGUAGAAAAGCUAUCGGCGACUUCAGAUAUCCCCUGCUAAUCCCUCGGCCAUCCCUCCACCGUCUCCGGGAAAGGAAGAUAACGUAAAUAAUCUGCGCUGCCACCGGAAUUAGCCCGCGUGCAAGGCAGACAAGGAAAGCUGCGUUGCGUGCGAACAUUUCCCCCCUUUCCUUUCGCUUCCUUUUCUUUCCUUGCAGGUAGAAAUAUUCUCCUCGCUGUUUUCGAGUAUCCGCGUUGCUGUUGCAUCCUUGAAUAGUUUGCUGCGAGGAUGAGGUUGCCGACGAGCAGACAGUGUGCGGUGGAAGGAGAAGGGAAGAAGAUGGACCAGGCUCCCCCGUUCAGAAACCCUUUUGUGCAUGUAUUGAAAUUCACCCCUCUGGAGAAGGCAAAGAUAGCCUUAAUGACAGUCACACUAUUCCCCAUUCGUCUUCUCAUCGCUGCAUUCAUGAUGCUGCUGGCGUGGCCCUUUGCCUUCCUGGCCUCAGUGGGACGCUCCGAGACCACCGUCGAACCCCAGUGCCUCUGGAGGAGACUGGUGGACAUAGUUCUGAGGACCAUCAUGCGGGUCAUGUGGUUCGCUGGAGGCUUCCAUUGGAUGACAGUGAAAGGUCGAAGAGCACUGCCUGCAGAAGCUCCAAUCAUCACCCUGGCACCCCACUCAUCUUACUUUGAUGCCAUCCCUGUCACCAUGACAAUGGCCUCUAUUGUCAUGAAAGCCGAGAGCAAGGAUAUACCCCUCUGGGGCACCUUGAUCAAGUACAUCAGGCCAGUGUUUGUAUCGCGGUCAGACCAGGACUCCAGGAGGAAAACUGUCGAAGAGAUCAAACGCAGAGCCCACUCUGGAGGGGAAUGGCCUCAGAUAAUGAUAUUUCCAGAGGGAACGUGCACCAAUAGAUCCUGCCUAAUCACAUUCAAGCCAGGAGCAUUCAUCCCAGCUGUACCAGUACAACCAGUGGUGAUACGCUACCCAAAUAAAAUGGACACAAUCACAUGGACAUGGCAGGGACCUGGAGCGUUUGAAAUCUUAUGGUUGACGCUUUGCCAGCUGCACAAUGAGUUUGUGAUAGAGUAUCUUCCCAUUUACACACCCUCAGAGGAGGAGAAAAAGAACCCUGCUCUCUUUGCCAACAACGUCAGACGCCUCAUGGCCAAAGCCCUUGGGGUGCCCAUUACAGACUAUUCAUUUGAAGACUGCCAGCUGGCCAUGGCAGAGGGCCAGCUCAGACUGCCAGUCGACACCUGUCUGCUGGAGUUCGCCAAGCUUGUCAGGAGACUGGGGCUGAAGCCACAGAACACAGAGAAGGUUCUGCAGGAGUACGGGAAUAGAGCCAGGAAGCUGGAGGGGAAGAAGAUGGGCUUGGAUGACUUUGCCCACUACCUGGAUGUGCCCGUCUCAGACAUGCUGCAAGACAUGUUCUCUCUCUUCGACGAACAUGAAGAUAACUCCAUGGAUAUCAGAGAAUAUGUGAUUGCCUUAUCUGUUGUAUGCAGACCCGCCAAAACUCUGGAAACGAUGAAAUUGGCCUUCAAGAUGUUUGAGGCAGAGGAGGACGGUGCCAUCACAGAGAGGGAGCUGGCAACCAUCCUGAAGACAGCUUUAGGCGUGGCCCACCUCAGCGUGUCAAGUCUCUUCACCGCCAUCGAUAUGGAGGACACAGGGAAGAUCACAUUUGACAAGUUCCAGAGCUUUGUGGAGCAGCACCCGGAGUUUGCUGAGGAGUAUCUGUACACAGAAAACGCAGGCCUCCACAGCUGUCCCCUCCACAGCCGCCAGACCAAGCCCAGCCUCUCUUCGGCCACCAUUCCAGGCACUGCCGCCACCAAAACGGCCAACGGUAUCUGCCCCGACUUCAGCCCCAAAGACCACGACGGCACAACAGACGGACUCCUCAAGAAACACAACUGAAGUAGUUUAACGAAAACGAAGUGGGAGAAGAAGAAACACCUCUCCUGGUGAGAGAGUGGAGGGAACAAGUCAGGGCUGCUGGGUAGAUAGUGGCUAUUAAGUAUUUUAGCAGGAAGGGACUACAUGACCAGAACUACAAAAAUGAAGUUUACCUUACCCCUAUUUUUAUGAGUAUUAUGUCCAUAACAUUUUAUGAGGUUAUUUUCAGCCUGGUAAGAGUUUAUUUUGUUUUAAAUUCCUUUUUUAUUUGUUCUUAGUCAAAGAACAUUCAAAUGCCAAACAAUGGCUGUUUUCAAAUACAAUACUUGAAGGGGGAGCACUUAUUCAAAUUCCUGGGAUGGGCAGUUAUUUUUAUUCUUUUUGCUCCAACAUGGUACUGACUGCAUGUUUUUAAAAUGAGGGAAGCAAAAAAAAAAAAAGAAAAAAGAAACACGACCUAAUCUGUAAAGUGAACUUUUUUUUUUUUUUUUUUUUUUUUAAGUGAAGUCAGUGUUUCAGUCUCUUUUAUUUGUAACUUUGACUUAUUUCUUCUUUUAAAUGGUAGCUGCCUUUUUAACUGAGAGUGUAAGUAAAAUGCAUGGGCUCAUACAUUACUUUGAGCAGUAUUGAGGAUGUCUAAAGAUGGCUUGAGAGCGCCAAUGACAAAUUACUUGACCAUGUGGAGCAUUUAGCUUCAGCGGUCAAACUUGAGGUGCACUCGGGUCUAUGUAAGGGGAUGGUUAUAAUUGAUAUGAGCCUGUUAUAUAUAUGUAUACAUAUAUAUAUAUACAAUAUGAUAUAUUUGAUUUAGCUCAGGGUUCAGUAACAAAAAUGAAAAAUUGAACUUGUAUGAUGUCAUCAUUGUUGACAUUCACUGGGUUAUAUGCAUGUCGUCUUUUUCCAUGACAUCAGUACUCUCCUGCCCAAUCAUUCCUCAUUCACACAUACCUCACAGGUUUUUCUCUAGUGAGGAAAUGCAAAAUGAUGUCUUUUUUCUCUCUUCUCUCCUCUUCUCAUGUCUAAAAUCACAGGACGUGGACCAAAAAUGAAGCAGGUGGUUGACUGUCACCUGGUUACAUUGGUACUGCCCUUUCUAAUUCAGUGGUGUAAUGGCUUUAAAGGGGAAAACCUGUGUUUUUAUACAAGAAUGUGUAAUCAUUACAAGCACAUUCAGUUUGCUGGCUCAGUUUGGUCAUGGGUUUUCUAAAGGCAAGGACAUAUUACUUUCCUUUCUGCCUUACAUUGUGACACUUUUUUUUUUUUUUUAAUCAGGCCAGUCUUUCUCCUCUCUCAGCCAUUCCUCAGCCUCAUCUUGGAAAUUCUUAGUACUUUGGCAUGUGUAUUUCUUUUCAUCUCGUCAUGUAAAGGCCAGCAUGAGCAAAUCUUGAAGGAUGUGAAUCAAUGUAACUUGAAAAAAGGAAAAAAAAAUAUUUUGCCUCUUAGUCACCCCGAGAUUUUAUCCUCCAUGCUGAAUUUUCUGGUGUGACGUUAAUGGCUCUCCCUUUGGUUAGCUCACCUGCAUGGAAGAAACUAUAUACUGUUUUUACUCGCCAACAGAUAGCAUGUGUUACCAGAAGGCUGCGCACCUUUUUUUCAUUUCCUGUCCCACUUCUAUUUGAACUUGGGAAUUUUUGCCCCAUUUCUGGCCUUUUUGCUAAUGCUGAUUUUAUUGGCUCGAAAAUAUUUCUCACUGUACAUGUGACUUAAUUAGCUGUUGAUACACUGACUUGAAGCAUGUGACAAGUCAACUUACGUGAAAUUGUAUUUCGAACUCCAAAUAGUCUUAUUACUUUAUUUUUUUUGUACACAGUUCAGUGAACCCUGUCUUUUUAGCAAUGAUGGGAUCUGAAAGCAGGGAGGACAUAAUUUCCCUUCAGCAUGUCCUGCCCUUGAAGAGCUAAUGAGUAACGCUCUUUAUACAAACAACAAAGAUAAAUUCCAUAUUAGGGCUUAAAGCUCAAAUCAGGCAGAUCAUAAACUUACACCCUUAACUGUAAGGCAGAAUUUAAUUUCUCUUCUCAAUAUUUGUUUAAAACUUGUCAAUUCUACCCUGAAGUUUUAUAAUCCUAUAGUUCUUGGUUGUCACACUAGUUUUAGACACACACAGCAUGUCAACUUUAUGUUUUGUCUGAUAGAGGUGUAACGCUGUUACUGUAUGCACAUAGAGGUCUAGAAAUUGUACAUGCUGUUACUGCCAUUUUAUGUUUGAGGUUGUCACUUUUUUGCGGGUAUUUUAACAGACUUGUUACAAAUUCGAAAUUCUGUUGAAUUGACACUUUCUUGGGGGGGGGUAUUUUGACGCAAGGUUUGAGUGUAAUUUUAUUACAAGAUGCUCAUUUCAAUCAUUUGCCAACAAUUGAAGCAUUUUUUUUCUCUCUUCUGUCUAUGUCCAGGGUUUAGUCAAAGUAACCCAAACAUCUAAAAUGAGGAAAAUAAGAUUAAUCUGCAGCUAUUUUCAAAAUGCACCGUGGUUCACAUGACAUUUAGUUUGAAAGGCAAACUGUAACCCUAUGAGGGAAAUCAGCACCUCUUGUGUACAAAUGAAACAAAACUCAGUAUAGUUUAGAGUUCAGUGAGUCUGUUCCUGGCUAAUUGUGCUCACUUGGGCUCUGUGCAUUUGUAGUUUGAUUCAGCCCACUUGUCGACUACGAAUGCAACAUCAGGAUUCACAACAAAAUGGGGUUGGGAGUGUGUAUGCUGAAGGUUUGUCAUGUUGGUGGGCAUUGUGAACAUCACAUCUCCAUCAAUUUCACAACCAUCCAUUUGUCCCGAUUAUGGCUUUUCAGUGAAGCAAUAUUUUACAUCUCUUUAGCCUUUUCAAGAUUUAUCCUUUUUGAAGAGUUCUGAUAUGUAUUUUGAAUAUUCCAAAUGCAGGGCAUUUUGUGAAUUUUUGAUAUACGUAUAUGAAUGAAUUUUAUUUUCACUGCCAUGACAAAAGAUCUGUGAUCUUCUCUCCUCUGCAGAUUGUAUUGAUGGUUAAAAAUGAGCCACUUUUUUUUUUCCUUUGUAUAAUACUGCAGUUGUUUUGUGCUGUACUCCUCAAACAUAGUGGAAAGUUUUAUUGUUGUUAUAUUGUUAUUACUAUUAUUAUUGCUGAAUUGACUGCUUAGAAACAAAAUGCAGAUUUCAUAUGGAAACCGAUAGCCUUGAAUCUAUAUAUAAUUUUUAUGAUUAAAAAGAGAAUGUAUAGACAAUCUUGUCACAAUCAGAAGUUACACAAAAGCGCUGGUGUACAGUCGACAUUUUCCUUUGAAAUCAUUUUCAAACUUAGAUUUUGUAACCUAUUUGUACUUUCCCUCCAUUGAGCUUUUUUUAAAUGUCCAAAGCGUGCAGGUUGAACUGAGCAAAAGUGCGAGUGUGUUGGUGCGUUGGGCCUUGAGGUGAUGUUUACCACCACAUAUGACAGGCCUUACACAAAAAAAACAAAAAACAAAAAAACACUCCAGACUGUACGCGUAUAAAGCCUAACAUUUGUUACAUUUAAUCACGAGACUUAUUUUAUUUGUCCCCUCAAUGACUAUUUUGUCACAUAAACUGUAUGUAUUCGUGCUUGCACUUUAGAUUGUUUUCUUCAUUCUUUUGUAUUAUUUUUUGCUGAGGGAUAUGACUGAAUGCUGUAACGCAUGUUACGUUUGUAGGUUACAAUGUUGUAGCUGCGUUUUGUUAACAUGAACUUUUCCAUUCUCAUAUUUGUUACAACAAUGGGAGCACAGAAGAAAUUAGAUAUCACAAAUUCCACGAAGCUCUUCUCCCCCCACCCCACUAAUUAUUUUUCUUUCUGUAAGAAAGAGCUCCGAUAAGUUUAUACCUCUAAAUCAGUUUUGUAUACCUACUUUUCUGCUUUGUCUCAGGAUCGUGGAACUCUUGUAGCUCGGGAAAGGCUUUGUGACCUGAACACGCACUCGGCAGCACUGUACAAAUUUGAAUAGCUAAAGAUGUUUUGCACCGUGGAAACGCAAGUAUCAAGAGUGUUCCCAGACAAGGUCGUUUGAAAACAUACGGUUUCUACACAGGUUACUGCACAUGGGCGAGGGCCGCUGGACUCGACUGUAAAACGGUGUGGCAUUUCAGAGGAAUGUCUUAAGUAGACAUGUUGGUGAAUUGCUCCUCUUAGGAUGCAGUUAUAUUAUACAAGUUUACCAUUUGUGUGGCACCGAAGCCUGUAUUAUUUCUGGUCAUGCAAAGUCUUGAUUGUUGCUGGAAUAUUUUUUUUUUCCUUUUGACUUGCUGUAUACUGUGAAUUAGAAACACAAAUGGUAACAAACUGAUUCAUUUUAAAGGCCUCAGUUGAAAUAUGUCGAGCCACAGUAGCAGCACUAUAAAUUUGUUGAUGUUAUGAUUUAUUUGAAGCCUUUUUUCUUUUUUUUCUUUUUUUUGGUCCUUGUUCACAUUUACAUUCCUAACCACCAUGACCACAUUUUGUUUUUAAUGUGUAUUCUUCUAUUUGCAUUCAGAACAAUUCCAGGUUUGGGGCUCUAUGGAAAGUCGGUCCAUGUCCCCUCAUACUUGCAAACUCCAUUCAAACUUUAUUUAUUUUUUUUUUUUUUUUAUUUUUAUUUUCCAAAUACCUCACACAGAGAAUCAUUCAUUUUUUUAUACCUGCUAUCAAUCUAAAAAAAAAAAAAUCAAAACUUGUAAGAGCUAAUCUAUUUAUUCUAAUGCUGCCUGCUCACAACAGUGUGUCCAGCAGCGAGCCUAAGACGAAAGGCUGAUGUACUCUGACACGCAAACUGGAGUGAUAGUGUGUCUUUCCGAUGGCUCUGCUUAUGUGGACCAAGUCGCUGAACUCGCUGUUUUCUCUGUAGCUUUUCUUUCCCAUGUUUUUUUUUCUUUUUUUCUUUCUUUCUUUCUUUCUUUACUCCUCCCACUGAGGAUUUAUUUUGUUAACAUAUUUUGAUGAUGAAGAGUCAUUACUGCAAGCUACUUUGACUUUGUCUGUUCGGGACUGCUAUGAUAUAACUUGUUAAUGUGACUCUUGGAUUGGAUUAAAAAAGAAAGCUAAAUGCA